AAAAUUUCACAUCAAGUGUUAGUGAAAAAAAAUUGAACUUUUUUACUCUUCAAUAUUGAAGAUCUAUAAAGAUAAAUCUUGGAUUUUUAAACGAUAGUUACAUAUAACUGGAAUUAAUAGAACCAAAAGCAAAAUGUGUGCCAAUUUACAGUUUUUCGGAUAUUUUUUGUUGGUUCUAGUAGCUAUUUCAUCUGCAGUGGAAGACAAUUCUAUUCAAGUUUCUACAAUUUUUAAACCAGAAGAUUGUCCAGUCUUUGCUGCUCAAGGUGAUGAUGUUUCUGUCCAUUAUAUUAUGAAAUUAAAGGAUGGUACAGUGUUAAAGUCAUCAUAUGAAGAUGGAGUACCUACAGAUUUCAUUGUGGGUGAACCUAAUAUCCUCUCAGGGUUAUCUUAUGGAAUCAUGGCAAUGUGUGUUGGGGAAAAGAGAAAAAUUCACGUGCCACCAUCUUAUGGGUUUGGAGCAGCUGGAUCACCACCAGCAAUACCUCCAAUGGCGUUUCUAGACAUUGAAGCUGAACUUCUUCAGAUCUCCAAACCACCUAUAUACAUGAAGUACGUCAAACUUCUAAAGGAUCGAAGAGUGAUGUUUGGAGGGUAUAUUGCUGGUUUAGUGGUUGUUAGUUUGAUCAUUCUGUGCAAGUGUUUACCCAGUCUACCAUCACAGAAACGAAAAGCAGCCAAAGCCAAGAAGAUUGAUUAGGAAAUUUAGUAUGUUUUAUUAUAUAUUAAAAUGUUUUUUCACUU